AUGCCAAUGAACACGAGUCUGAGGAGCGACUUUGGCGACAACGGAAUUGUUAUACUUCCACCAUCACUUACCAUCCGAGCUCCCGAAAAUACCCCCAAUCACGGCGAGCAAUGGCUUUUCAUCAACGGGAUUGGUGGAGAAUAUUUCUGGCUUCAACUGUACUGCAAAAAGCUCCGGAACACCUUUAAUAGGGAUAUCAAAGGUAUCUUCAACAGGAGCGAUGGUCUUUUUUGGGACUUAGUCGAGUUUGCAGGAGAGCGAGAUGCCGCUGGGCAACAAAAUCUCAUUCAAAGGACAUUGAGCAGCAGAGCCGCCCAGGAUGCUCUGAACAGUGAAUUGUCAGCCGUGUUUCAAAAUAACCCGUUCAAUGGUUUUAUUGUGAUGAUUGCCUACCCCCAGGGAUGCCUCUUGUUGAGGCUUGUGUUGCAAGACUUUGUCACGCGAAAAAUAUAUCGGCAUGCAAUGAAAGUUCGCCUGAGAGUCUUCACGUUCGGUAACCCGAGUAUCGACUGGAUGGUUACAAAUGCCGAGAAUGAAAGGAGGCCUCUCUUCGAAUUCGUCAACUACACCGAGCAUUUCGCGAGUGAGGGAUUUCGUGGCACGUCUCGGGGUGGUGAGGACGCCUACGGUAGCUGCCCCACGACAGACUGGCUACAUGCACCAAGAUUCGUCGGUUUUUAUCAACGCUAG